GUAGAAGUUACAGUGGAUUAAUUGCUGGUUGUUAGAGAGUACUACAUGUACAAGGAACAUAUAAAAACAGGGUUUAAGUUGUUGUUUGCACAGAAUCAGUGAAUAGUCUUCUGCACAACCUACCCUGGAGAGAAUCGUCUGGCAUUUCAUCUCGUAAUUUAUUUCCCAGUUAAGAGUCAAGAUGAAGUGGGCUUUCAAAGAAGAACACUCCCUCGAAUCCCGGUCAGCCGAAUCUGCGAAAAUCCGAAACAAAUACCCAGACCGUGUAUCAGUUAUAGUGGAGAAAGCACCAAAGUCCAAAAUUCAAGACAUCGACAAGAGACAGUUCUUGGUGCCAUCGGACCUGACUGUGGCACAGUUUAUGUACAUCAUUAGAAAGAGGAUUCAACUCCCUCCUGAGAAAGCAAUGUUCUUGUUUGUCAAUAAAGUACUCCCAGCAACAAGUGCCACGAUGGGAGCAAUAUAUGAGGAACAUAAAGAUGAAGAUGGAUUUCUAUACAUAGCCUACAGUGGAGAUAAUACCUUUGGUGCUUUUUGAUAUCUGAACAACAUCAAGGAUGGUAUUCUUAUAAUUAAUCUUCAGACUAAACCACAGUUUAAGUCUAGUUCUAUGGUAUACCAGGUAUCAUCUUUCUUUUGAUCAACAUUAAUGAAUGUAAUAAUACUGGUAUA